AUGUGUGCAGCAAAAAAAGCUGUGGCCGUGAGAGAACAAGAGUUAUUAGCUCGAUUUCAAGCAGAGAGAGAAGGAAAUGCAGAAAGGAUGGUGGAGAGGCCUCCUGUGAUGAUGACACAGCCUGUGAUAGAGAGUACUGCUCCUGUGAUCGCGAGGACGGCCUCAGAGAGGAUGGGGACAGGCCUGCAGAUAAUACCUCAACAUUAUCCUUAUCCCUUCCACCCUUCUCCCCACUUCGUCCCAGGAGCCCCUGGGCCAUCUAAUUGGUACCAGAGGCCAUCUACGUACCCUCCUGUGUCGAAUUAUUCGAAUUUUCCACCUACCUUUUAUCCACCUGUGUACCUGCCUCCGUAUGUUCAAGAGGGGCUCGGAAAUGGCUCAAACUCCGCAGAAAGGAGUGUCCUAGCAGCCAGGAACGGUGGUAUGAGACAGGAAUUCCCCCCUGGGGAGUAUAGGCGAGGACAACAGGAUUCCACCGGUGGACAGGGGGGUGGAAGGUAG